AUGGAGGAAGCGAUAAACGCCCUACUGCGCUCCCAAGGCGCCCUGCAGAAAGCCGUGGCAGAACUGUGCCAGAAGACGGGGCCAGGGACCCCCGCCAGAGGCCCCAAGGAGGUGCUACUAAAGCAAACGCCGGACGACGAGGUCGAGGCCUACCUGGAGACCUUUGAGCGGACGGCCCACUUAGAGAAAUGGCCCCCCGAAGCCUGGGGCUCCAUCCUGGCACCAUUCCUCAGUGGGGAGGCCCAGAAGGCUUACCGAGGCCUACCCCCUGCCGAGGCCCAUGUCUACCCCACCCUGAAGGCUACCAUCCUAGCCCAGUAUGGGUACAGCCUGCCAGCCCGGGCACAGAGGUUCCAUCAGUGGACCUACGACCCCGCCCUCCCGGCGAGGGCCCAGGUGAUGGCCCUGGGGCGGUUGACCAAGAGCUGGUGGAGGGCGACGGACCGGCCCUCCUCGACCGGGUGGUGCUGGACCGCUGGGCCCCGGACCAUUGAUGGCCUCGUCAACCUCCUCGAGAACCACCAGGUGGCCCAGGAGAUGAUCCGAGCGACGAGAAUGGACAGCCCCCGAAGACCUCCAGCAGCGGUCCGACCGGAGCCGCGGACCAGACCCCAGUGGAAGGAGGACGCCCGGACGGAGAUGGGCCGGAGGAGGGAGAUGAGGCGGUGCUUCUCCUGCGGCCAGGAGGGCCAUCUAAGCCGGGACUGCCCCGGCAGGGAGGAGUCCAUGGCCACCGCUCCCGAGAGUGGCAGACCCUGCCACUACCUCACCACCUGCUGGGCCCACCAGGGCACGGCAGCCCCGAGACUACCCAUCAGGAUCGGGGGCCAAGACGCAGAGGCCCUGCUGGACUCCGGGAGCGCCAUAACGCUGGUGAGACCCACCCUAGCCGGAGAGAGUCGCAGUGAGACAAUCGCCGUCACCUGUAUACAUGGCGAUGUGCGGCACUACCCCACCGCUGAGGUAACAAUAACCACCCCUCGGGGGCAAUUCACAGGGAAGGUGGGCGUGGUGGAAAACUUGCCGGUGGCCGUGCUGUUGGGGCGAGAUUGCCCGCUGUUCCGGAGCUACUGGGAUGAGAGGCCUACACCGGGGAGGGCCGCUGCCAACCCCCCACCCCGCCGUCGGGGUCACCGAGGGCCACACCCGGUCUGGGUUGCCCCGUCUGGGGAGAGCGACGGAGAGGAGACCACCACCCCCGCCCGGAGACGACCCACCGCGCGACCCCACACGGGGACCACGGACACCGCCCAGGAGGGCCCGACCCCCCGGCCACCCCUGGGGCCCGAAUCCAGCAGCACCGGGGAAUUGUCGGAGUUCCAACCCGAGACAGAAAGGGCCCCAACCGAGUUUGGCGCCGCCCAACUACAAGACCCCAACCUUGCCCAGGCCUGGAAGGCUGCAGCAUAUAUCGAGGGCGUCCCACAAGACGGGGUGAGUAGACCGGCCCUACCCUAUUUCCAAGUACAGAAUGGCUUCCUGUAUCGUGUCUGCAGGAUCAACGAUGAGAAGGUGGAGCAGCUGCUGAUACCCCAGACGCACACCUCCAAGGUACUAUAUCUUGCCCACACCCACCUGUUGGGGGCGCACCUAGGGCGCGAGAAGACGCAGGAGCGGAUUAUGGCCCGCUUCUACUGGCCGGGCGUCAAGAGGGCUGUAGAGGACUACUGCCGGCAGUGUGCGACGUGCCAACUGCACAGCCCGAAGGUAACAUAUCGCAACCCCCUGAUACCCCUCCCCAUCAUAGAUGUGCCCUUUCGCAGGAUUGCCAUGGACAUAGUGGGACCCCUACCCAAGUCUAGCCGGGGCCACCGCUACAUCCUGGUGAUCCUAGACUACGCCACCCGAUACCCGGAGGCGGUGCCGUUACGGGCCGCGACAGGGAAAAGUGUCGCGAGAGAGCUUUUCCUGCUGUUUAGCCGGGUGGGGAUAGCAGAGGAGGUGCUGACUGACCAGGGGUCCUGCUUCAUGUCUGGGGUGAUGAAGGAAAUGUGCAAACUGCUACACAUCAACCAAAUGAGGACGUCAGUCUACCACCCCCAAACGGAUGGGCUGGUGGAACGGUUCAACAAGACCCUGAAGAUGAUGAUGAGGAAGAUGAUAACCACCGACGGUAAGGACUGGGAUCACCUACUGCCUUAUUUAAUGUUUGCCAUACGUGAGGUCCCCCAGGCAUCCACAGGAUACGCCCCCUUCGAGCUACUCUACGGGAGGCGGCCCCGAGGGCUCCUGGACCUCGCCAAGGAGGCCUGGGAACAGCAGCCGUCCAGACAGCGCUCCCUGGUGGAGCAUGUGGUUGACAUGGACCAACGGAUGGCGCGCAUCUGGCCGAUGGUCCGGGAGCACAUGACCCAGGCCCAGGCAGAGCAGGCCAGGCUGUACAACCGGAAUGCCCAGGUGCGUGAGUUCCAGCCCGGAGACAAGGUGAUGGUCCUGAUCCCCACGAGUGAAUGUAAGUUUCUGGCCAAAUGGCAUGGCCCCUAUGAGGUGGUGGCCAAGGCGGGGCCCGUCAAUUACACCGUCCGACAAGUAGGGAGGAGACACACCCUCCAACGGUACCAUGUCAACCUGCUGAAAAAAUGGCAUGAACCUGUGCACGUCUCUGCUCACUCAUGUCUGACCACAGGGGGCGCCACCGGACCACCGGAGGUGACCACGGGAGACCAGUUGACGGAUAGACAGCGCCAAGAUCUCCGGGAGAUGGUAAGCCGGCAUACCGACGUGUUUUCCCCCCUCCCGGGCCGGACCAGGCUCGUCCAACAUGACAUCGUGACCGAGGCCGGGAAGAAAGUGCGGCUGCGACCCUACCGGAUCCCGGAAGCCAGAAGACAGGCCAUCAGGGAGGAGGUGGCCAAGAUGCUAGACUUGGGGGUGAUUGAGGAAUCCCAAAGCGCCUGGUCCAGCCCGGUAGUGUUGGUGCCAAAACCCGACGGAAGUUGGCGCUUCUGCAAUGAUUUCCGGAGACUCAACGAAAUCUCCCAAUAUGACGCCUACCCCAUGCCCCGAGUCGAUGAGCUGAUCGAGCGGCUCGGACCAGCCCGAUAUAUCAGCACCCUGGACCUCACCCGAGGGUACUGGCAGGUGCCCCUAACCCCCCGGGCGAGGGAAAAGACGGCCUUCGCCACCCCGGACGGCCUGUUCCAGUACAGAGUGCUGCCGUUUGGAGUCCAUGGAGCCCCCGCCACCUUCCAACGCCUCAUGGACAAGAUCCUGAGGCCCCACAGGGAGUAUGCCGCCGCGUAUAUUGAUGACAUUGUGAUCCACAGUGCCGACUGGGAGAGCCACCUGAGGAGGCUGGAGACCGUGCUGGGGGCGCUCCGGGAGGCUGGGCUAACGGCUAACCCCGCUAAAUGCCGCCUGGGCCUGGAGGAGGCCGAUUACCUGGGCCACACGGUGGGACGAGGGUGCGUACGACCCCAGAGCCGGAAGGUGGACGGAAUCGCGAACUGGCCACGACCCACCACCAAGAGGCAAGUUCGCACCUUCCUGGGACUCGUGGGAUAUUAUAGGCAGUUCAUCCCGGACUUCGCGUCUAGAGCAGCCCCACUACACGACCUAACAAAAAAAGAGCAAGGCCACACCGUGAAAUGGUCGGAGGAGGCAGAUCGGGCCUUCGUGGACCUGAGGGCUGCCCUGGGACAGGAGCCAGUGUUAGCCACCCCUAACUUUGCACAGAAAUUUGUCUUGCAGACCGACGCCUCAGAGACAGGACUGGGAGCCGUCCUGUCGCAGAUACAAGACGCAACGGAGCACCCCAUCACAUACAUCAGCCAGAAGCUCCUGAAACACGAGAGAAACUACAGCACGGUGGAGAAGGAGUGCCUGGCCAUCAGAUGGGCAGUGGUGAACGGCACCUUGGAGAGAGACCGGGAGGAGAAUCAGCACCAUGGCCAGCAACCCCCGGGGCGAGACGCGUGCGGCCGCAUUCCGCACAAGUUCUCAGAGGACUCGUCCAUCGUUGGCUGCAUCACUGGGGACAAUGAGGAUGAGUACAGGAGUCUGGUGGCUGGAUUCUUCGGCUGGUGUAACAACAACCACCUGCAGCCGAACAUCAGCAAAACAAUAGAGCUGAUGGUUGACCUUCGACGGAAGGGGAAGCCACCAACACCCAUCACCAUCCAGAUGGGUGUGGUUCAGUCCUAUAAGUUCCUUGGGGUGCACCUCAACAACAAACUGGACUGGACUGACUGGUGGUGCACUCUACAAAAGGGACAGAGCAGGCUGCACUUCUUCAGGCUAUACUUCCUUUGA